AUUGGCCGACUGACAAUGAGAGCAAGAUCCUGGAGAAAACUCAAAUUUACUGACCGGCCUAAUCAUUCCCUCUUUCAAAUCUUCCGAGAGAAAAUUAUCCGCUCUUUCUGGCCAGUGUAUCUCUCUUCUUUUCGGCAGUCGCCGUUGCAUCACUCUUUCUCCAUUCUCACCUCUCUCCCCGGCGUUCCGUUCAUCCGCCGCUUGUGAGAAAUAAAUAUGGAAAUAGUUCGUCGUCCUCAACUGAAGUCUACUGCAAUCGACCGUGGAGUUCCAACUCUUCCUCUUUACCGCACGGCUCCAUCUCUCGAAGUUCGGCUCGAUGAUUUCGAGCUCUACGCCAUAGAGCGGCUCCGAGGUAUUCCGUGGCUAUAUAUUUCUUUUCGACUCGAUUGAUUUCCCUAACUAACUCUCGGUGUCUUGAUUUUUCCAGUGAUCACGGGGAUUUCCGAUUGAUUGUCUCGCGGGAAGAGGUCCGAGGAAAUGGAGAAACUGGUCGCGGAACUGUGGAAAGCGAAUAUGAGGCAUCCGCAGGCGUCGGAGCUCAUGAGCAAGGACAUCAUUUCUCAUUUCGUUCUCCGUCUUGUGUACUGUAGAACGGAGGACUUACGGAAGUGGUUUCUCUCCAUGGAGACGGCUCUAUUCCGGUAUAGGUUCCGCCUUCAGAGUGCCGAGGCUCAGAGGGCUGUGCUGGCUGAGUUCCAACUUCCUUACAAGGCAGUCACUGCUGCAGAGUUUGAGGCUAUAAAGGACAAGCUGACUCUGGUUGCCCGCUCAAUCAACCAAACGUUACCUGCAGCGGAUUCUAUAUUCUACGAGGUUCCAUUUCAAGAAGUUCCUGAACUUGUGGCUGGCCGUAGAGUUUUUCUCAGCGAUGGGUAUGCUUAUGUUGCCAUGAAUCAGGUCGUGUCGCUUGUGGCCACUCGGUUUCGAAGUCUUCUCUCAAAGGCGCUCACUCUAACUAACAGGAAAUGGAUGUCUACCAUUAGAGAACAGGAGAAGGAUAGGUUAACCCCUAUUGUGGAAGCCUUAUCAACGAGCUACGUGGGUCCUGACUAUUCUGUGGGAAGGGAAUUUGGUGAAGUGUCGCUCAAAGACAUCGAUAAUGUGGCCAAGAACUCGUUUUCUUUGUGCAUGCGCCAUCUAUUCGACAAAGGUGUCGGGCUGAAGUUGGAUGAUGCGGUUGCAUUCUGGAAGGCAGAGUUCUCUCAAAAGGUUGGAGCAGAGAGAUUUGACAAAGAAUAUGCAUACAGCAUUCGACACAAUUAUGGCAAAGAAGGAAAACGAGUAGACUAUACGCCUUACUCAUGUCAAAAGAUCAUCUCAUUGACUCCUAGUGUAGGAGAUCAUCACGGAUGCCCUUAUCGGCAUUUUAGGUAAACUCCAUUAACUUAUUCCCUACAGGUCCUUUCUGUCAUCUCAUGGAACUGGUCACUAUAGUCAUUUUAUCCGACCUCAACUUGAUUGACGAUGAUCCAAUCAAUCAUUUUCGAUCAAGUCUAUCAAGUCUAAGCUCCACAUGAACUUUUAGUCGCCAACUAUAAACUAUUCAGCCUUGUGUUCUAGCUUACAAGUUACAACCCAUUUGGAAUCGAUUUGAUUUCUCGUACUUCCAAUUUAAAAUCAGGUGUAUGGAACAAGUCUAAUGGAAAUGUAUUGCUGUGUUUCUAUAAAUAAGAGUGAGGUUCUUUCUAAAAAGAGAAAGUAGUCGGCAAAGUGGCAAACAAGAAAAUCAGAGUCAGGUU